AUGGUACAGGAGCCACGCACCUACGUGAUCCCUGACGGUUCAACGUUGUAUCAAUCACUUUACUAUGGUUACGCAUAUUUUUGGAAACCAGGCAAAAGGCAGGAUGAGGGACAGUCCAGUGAGUGUCAAGAUGAAGGACAGUCCAGUGAGUGUCAAGAUGAAGGACAGUCCAGUGAGUGUCAAGAUGAAGGACUGUCCAGUGAGUGUCAAGAUGAGGGACAGUCCAGUGAGUGUCAGGAUGAGGGGCAGUGCAGUGAGUGUCAGGAUGGGGGACAGUCCAGAAAGUGUCAGGAUGAGGGACAGUCCGGUGAGUGUCAAGAUGAGGGACUGUCCAGUGAGUGUCAGGAUAGGGAACAGCCCAGUGAGUGUCAGGAUAUGGAACAGCAGAGUGAGUGUCAGGAUGAGGGACAGUCCAGUGAGUGUCAGGAUGAGGGACAGUCCAGUGAGUGUCAGGAUGAGGGACAGUCCAAUGUCACGAUGAGGGACAGUCCAGUGAGUGUCAAGAUGGGGGACUGUCCAGAAAGCAUCAGGAUUCGGAACAGCAGAGUGAGGGUCAGGAUGAGGGAGAGUCCAUCCAGUGAGUGCCAGGAUGAGGGACUGUCCAGUGAGCAUCAGGAUGAGGGUCCGUCCAGUGAGUGUCAGGAUGAGGGACAGUCCAGAAAGUGUCAUGAUCCGGAACAGCUCAGUGAGUGUCUGGAUGAGGGAGAAUCCAGUGAGUGUCAAGAUGAGGGAGAGUCCAGUGAGUGUCAGGAUGAGGGAGAGUCCAGUGAGUGUCAGGAUGAGGGACAGUCCAGUGAUUGUCAGGAUGAGGGGCAGUCCAGUGAGUGUCAGGAUGAGAGACAGUCCAGUGAGUGUCAGGAUGAGGGAGAGUCCAGUGAGUGUCAGGAUGAGGGAGAGUCCAGUGAGUGUCAGGAUGAGGGACUGUCCAGAAAGUGUCAUGAUACGGAACAGCUCAGUGAGUGUCUGGAUGAGGGAGAAUCCAGUGAGUGUCAAGAUGAGGGAGAGUCCAGUGGGUGUCAGGAUGAGGGAGAGUCCAGUGAGUGUCAGGAUGAGGGACAGUCCAGUGAUUGUCAGGAUGAGGGGCAGUCCAGUGAGUGUCAGGAUGAGAGACAGUCUAGUGAGUGUCACAAUGAGACACAGUCCAGUGAGUGUCAGGAUGAGAGACAGUCUAGUGAGUGUCAGGAUGAGGGAUAG